CGGUGUCUGUGGCGCUCCGGUGCCCGGGGCGGGCGGUGCCGCGGCCCGUCCGCCGUUCGGUCAUGGCGCUGCCGCCGCCGCCGCUUCUGCUCUUGCUGCUCCCGCCGCUGUUGGUAGCGCUGCUGGCGGGGGCGGCUACACCACCGGACCUGGUCCCGGUCCCGACACUGGAACCGGCAGACCCGCCGCUCCCCGCGCAGUCGGCGGACGCGCUGUUCGCCGCCGGCGCUGAGGCGUACUCGCGGGGGGACUGGCCCGCCGUAGUGCUGCAGAUGGAGCGGGCGCUGCGGGCGCGGGCCGCCGUGCGCUCCCGCCUGGUGCGGUGCCGCCUGCGCUGCGCCAACGCCACAGCGGGGCCGGCGGAGGGCACCGAGUCCCAGCCCGACCCGCCCUGCGGGCCCGCCGCGCCCUCCCGGUACCGCCUAGGCGAGGAGGUGGACCGGGAGUUCGGCCGGCGAAGCCCCUACAACUACCUCCAGGUCGCCUAUUUCAAGGUGCGGCACCCCCCCCAGGCGGCGGCAGCCGCUCACACCUUCUUCGUGGCCAACCCCGGGCACCAGGAAAUGAGGCAGAACCUGGAGUACUACCAGGCCAUGGUGGGAGUCCACGAGGAUGACUUCACUGACCUGGAGGCCAAACCCCACCUGAGGGAGUUCCAGCUGGGCGUCCGGUUUUACACAGACGAGCAGCCAGCUGCUGCCAUCCUGCACCUGGAGAAGGCACUGGAGCAGUAUUUUGUGGCAGACACCGAGUGCCGCGCUCUCUGCGAGGGACCGUAUGACUACGAGGGCUACAACUACCUGGAGUACAACGCAGACCUGUUCCAGGCCAUUACAGAUCACUCCAUGCAGGUGCUGAGCUGCAAGCAGGGCUGUGUCACAGAGCUGGCCUCACAGCCUGGCCUGGAGAAGCCUCUGGAGGAUUUCCUGCCCUCCCACUUCAACUACCUGCAGUUUGCCUACUACAACAAUGGGAAUUAUGAAAAAGCCAUUGAAUGUGCCAAAACCUAUUUGCUCUUCUUCCCACAUGAUGAGGUGAUGAACCAAAAUUUGGCCUAUUACACUGCUGUGCUGGGAGAAAACCUGGCUAGAUCCAUCCAACCACGAGAGGAGAUCCAGGUGUAUCACCAGCGGAGCCUGAUGGAGAAGGAGCUGCUCUUCUUCAGCUACGAUGUCUUUGGCAUCCCUUUUGUGGACCCGGACACGUGGACACCUGAAGAGGUGAUACCAAAAAGACUGCGAGAGAAACAGAAGGUGGAGCGGGAGACAGCAGCACGCAUCUCGGAGGAAAUUGGCAACCUCAUGAAGGAGAUCGAGACACUGGUGGAGGAGAAGGCCAAAGAGUCUGCUGACAUGAGCAAGUUCAUCCGAGAAGGUGGCCCUCUGGUGUAUGAAGGAGCCAGUGUCACCAUGAACUCCAAGGCUCUGAAUGGCUCCCAGCGUGUUGUGGUGGAUGGAGUCCUUUCUGCUGAGGAGUGCCAAGAACUGCAGAGACUCACUAAUGCAGCUGCCUCGGCUGGAGAUGGCUAUCGGGGGAAGACCUCUCCUCACACUCCCAGUGAGACCUUCUAUGGCGUGACUGUCCUCAAGGCCCUCAAGCUGGGCCAGGAGGGCAAGGUGCCCCUGCACAGUGCCUACUUGUACUACAACGUGACAGAGAAGGUGCGGCACAUGAUGGAGUCCUACUUCCGCCUGGAGGUGCCACUGCACUUCUCCUACUCGCACCUGGUGUGCCGCACGGCCAUCGAUGAGAAGCAAGAAGGUCGGAGUGACAACAGCCAUGAGGUGCAUGUGGACAACUGCAUUCUCAAUGCAGAGGCACGGGUGUGCGUGAAGGAACCCCCAGCCUACACUUUCCGGGAUUACAGUGCAAUUCUCUACCUCAAUGGGGACUUUGAAGGAGGAGCUUUCUACUUCACCGAGCUGGAUGCCAAGACUGAGACUGCAGAGGUCCAGCCGCAGUGUGGCCGUGCCGUGGGCUUCUCCUCUGGCUCAGAGAACCCCCAUGGGGUGAAGGCUGUGACCAAGGGCCAGCGCUGCGCCAUUGCCCUCUGGUUCACCCUGGACCCUCGGCACAGCGAGCGGGAGCGUGUGCAGGCAGACGACCUGGUGAAGAUGCUUUUCAGCAUGGAAGAGGGGGAUUUGGAGCCAGAGCUGGAGAAGGAAUCACCAGCUGCCAUUGUAGUGGGGAAGGACGAGCUGUGACAUCCUACAGGAACCAGGAUGUCUCUGCUGGGACUAGUCAUGUCAGCAUUGUGGCUUCUGGCUACAGAGUCAUAAGGAUGACAUGUGGGACCUCCUCUCUCUGCUCCCAACCCAGUUGGAAUGGGGCUUUGUGGAAUGCCGUGUACUACCCCUGAAGCAUCCAGCAUCCCUCUGCAGAGCUGAUCUGGGAUGGGUGACAUGGGGACAAGGGAGGGAUGCUGUCUUAGGGAUGGAGCCCUGGUGCCAACGGGUGCAGAUGUGUGCCUUUCCUGAACUUGCAGCUAUUUAAGUGCCUUCUACAGAAAAUGGGUG